CUCUCGCUCGAGCGAGCGACAGAUAGACAGACAGAGAGAGAGAGAGAGAGAGAUGUACACAACGGUGCUGCUCUCCUCCUCUCUGUUUCUCCUGCAUGUGACCUGCACGCCUCAGAUUCACGGUCACCACGGGAGGAGAGUGUGUGUUGGAGAUGCCUGGAGUCGUCGUGUGUCUUACAGCACAGAGUCGUUUCUUCAGCCCGUACACAAACCCUACAUCACCAUGUGCCAAAACCACCGCAUGUGUAGCACAUACAAGACAAUUUACAGGGUUUCUUACAGGCAGGUGAGCAGAGCAGCUCCUAAUGUACACAUUUACCCAGAAUGCUGUCCGGGAUGGCGACACAUGCAUUCACACAACUGUAACCAAGCGGUGUGUGAGCAGUCUUGUGCAAACGGAGGCUCUUGUGUAAGGCCUAAUCACUGUGCAUGUCUAAAAGGAUGGACGGGACCAUACUGUCAAACAG